CUCCAACCUCCUGCAUCUUUCCCCGGCUCGGGCCUGUGUGAGUCUACGGCCUCCUUCAAGCUCUGUCUCCCUCGGCCUAGCCAUUUACCCAGGUUUAGCGCGUUCACCCUGCCCGCUACUCUCCAUAGGCCAGUCUAUUACGAGUGCCCACAGUGUGUGGGACAUGGAGUGAGCAGGAAGAUGGCUGGCGGUGGAGAAAGCCGCUUUCUGGAAGCUUUGGAUAGAUCACAAACAAAGAAAAAUGCAGGUUUUGGAAGUAAUUGGACCUUUGACCAUUCAGAAGAGAGUGAUGGUGAUGUAGAAAAAGAUGAGGCUAAUCUGCUCAGUUUAGAGGAGGAGGAUGGAGCGGACACAAAAGUUUCAGAACGCAAGCCCAAGCAGAUUAGAUCUGGACCAAUCAGAUGUCUUGAACCCCUUAAAACAUAUGAAAGAAAGACCAGAGCCUUACACUUAAAAUCUAUAAGAGGAAAUGCCAUUGGUCUCAACAUGUUGGGAGCCAAUAAGAAGCUCGGGGAAAAUGCUAAGACUGUAGCAAUGACUCCAGGGACUAUGGUUCAGGGAAGACUUUUCCAUCACACUAACAUCCAGCGAACAUCUGUAAAGACUGCUGCCCAAAGGAAAGAAUAUCCGCCCCAUGUUCAGAAAAUAGAAAUUGGUUCUAGCAGAAUACCAUUGGAAAACAUGCAGGAGACAAAUGAAGAAUCUGAUCUGGAAUCAGAACCGGAAAUAAGGAGAAAGGUACAACAGAAACGGAGGAGCAAUUUGUUUGAAUCUGAUUUACCCCCAUCUACAGCUGCUGAAAUAAAUGUACCCCACAGAGAGGUUAUGGAACCUGAUCAACGGUGUCAACAUUGUACAACUUGUAUAAAAGAAAAUAAAAGUAGGACAAAAUGCCAAAGCUGUGGAGAUGCACAAAGACUUUUCAAACAAACAGAUUCAUUAAAUAAAUCAGCGGCUCCCUUAUCUCGGAUUUCAAUUCACCAUACUUUAGCAGGAGAAAAAACUGUAAACGUAGGAUUAAAUGCUAAGAACUUUUAUAGCUUAACGCAAGUGAAGCCUUCACUUGACAUCAUAGUGAAAAGUGACUCUCUUGGGUGGAAACCGUUUUCAUCAAAUGGAAAAAGUGGACUUUCCAGUGAAGCAAAAAGUGCAAACAUUAUAAAGCUGAGAGGUGCCAGAUCAUCGGAACCAAAUGAUACAAUCGUCCUUUCCAGUGAUGAUGAGGAGGGUGAUGCUAGUAUGAGAAACACAAACCGAAUUGAAAGCAUCUCUCCCAGGCCUGCUGAUUCUGCUUGCUCCUCUCCUGCUCCGUGUUCAGGAAAGGUGGAGGCAGCACUAAAAGAAAAUACCAGUUCACCGGAUUCUGAUGUUACUGUUGCAUUACCCAGAAAAGCAAGAAUGAAAGACCAGUUCGGCAAUGCUGUAGCAAGUACGCCAGUCAAGCGUCGUAAAGUUUCCUCCUUAGAAAUUCAUUGUGACGUGACACCAGUAAUUUCUCCAAAUACCUGUGAGAGCAUCAUCAUAGAGUGCCGAAAUGUUCGAAUAGGCACCUUUUGCAGAAUGUUGGUAGAACCUGUCGUGUUCUCUGUUGACUUCAUAAAGGUCCACCUUGAAGUUAAUCCUGACGACGAUGAUGGACUGGGUUUUCGAGAUAUAAAUUUUAAAACAUUAGAUCUUAUAAGGUGUGAUUGGUGUACUGCUCGGAAGCUUCCUAUAGUUUUUUUCCAGACUCAGCCUGCUGCUUGUCAGUGUCUGCGAUCCAAGCUUAGGAUGAGUCGUGAAAAUGGGACUGGAUGGUAUGACUGCGGAUCCCCUAAUGUUGAAGAACAGUUUAUUGUUUUUAUCUUUGAGAGAGCCCUGAGUGUUCAAGAAAAUGCCAUAUUUGAAAAGAUUCUGUAUGACAUUGGAUGCAAAAAUUCAAAUCCAAAGUUUUUGACGAGGAUCCCCUUUGAGGAAGCAAAUGGAAGGAUUGUUGCUUUUACAAAAAAUAUUGAAGACAUUCCAACACAUGGCUCAGGACAAAAAGAGAUCGCAACUAAACAUGAUGUUUCUGAAACAAGUAUGAAUUUAAGGAAUACAACACCUCCUCUUCAGUUCUAUGGAGAUGAUGAUGAAGUUGGUGAUACUCACACUGUCUUCGUAGGCCCUAUUGAGAAAUUGAUUGUUUAUCCACCCCCACCUGCCAAAGGUGGAAUUUCGGUGACCAAUGAAGACCUCCAUUGUCUAAAUGAAGGAGAGUUUUUAAAUGAUGUGAUAAUCGAUUUUUAUUUGAAAUAUUUGGUGCUUGAAAAACUUAGAAAAGAUGCAGACAGGAUCCAUAUUUUCAGUUCCUUUUUCUACAAGCGUCUAAAUCAAAGAGAGAGAAGAAAUCUCCAAGAUACGGCAAACCUUACGUUGCAGCAGAGGAGGCAUGGGAGAGUGAAAACAUGGACUCGGCAUGUUGAUCUAUUUCAGAAAGACUUCAUUUUUGUUCCGCUUAAUGAAGCAGCCCAUUGGUUUUUGGCUGUCAUUUGUUUUCCUGGAUUAGAAAAACCUGAAUAUCAUGCUAACCCAUACUACCAAGUUGCAUUAACCUCUCAAGAAGAUGGUUGUAGUAGUGCCUCUCAGAGUGAUUCAGAGACUAUUUUACAAGCCACCCCUUCCAAAUCACCUCUGAAGAAAACCCCUAACAAAAAGUUAACUCUCAGCAUAAGUGACACAAGCAGCGGUGCUGAUGAAAGCGAUACUUCAGUCCUCCGAAGUCGGCACAGUUUAGGAAGGCAGAACUUUAGAAAAAGUGAUCAGGGUCUCCGAGAAGGAGAUACCUCUAUGAAAUCUGCAUAUUCAGAGACUGAUUCAAAUUCUACUAAAGUAAAUGGGAUUACAAAUGAAUGCAAAAGUCAUUUGAAACCAACAGAUGCUUUGCACAGAAUACAAAUAAGCUAUAGUGAUAAACCUGUUGAUGGCAAGAAAACCGAAGAGGAAUUCAUAGAUUUUUCAGAUGAUCCAGAUAACCUGGAUGAAAGCAGUGAUGAUGGUUGCCUUGCUGAUGACAAUUGCACUUCUGAAGUAGGGAAGUGGCAUCUUAAACCCACUCUUUGCAAACAACCAUGUAUUUUGCUGAUGGAUUCACUGAGAGGCCCUUCUCGCUCCACAGUCGUCAAAACAUUACGAGAAUAUUUGGAAGUAGAAUGGGAAGUCAGAAAGGGAACCAAAAGAAGUUUUUCCAAAGACGUCAUGAAAGGUUCAAACCCCAGAGUGCCUCAGCAGAAUAAUUUUAGCGACUGUGGAGUGUACAUACUACAGUAUGUGGAAAGCUUUUUUGAGAACCCCAUUCAGAGUUUUGAUCUGCCUAUGAAUUUGACUGAUUGGUUUCCUCAACAAAGAAUGAAAACAAAGCGAGAAGAAAUCCGGAACCUUAUCCUUACUCUGCAGGGACUUCAAAUCAAAGAAAAGAAAGGACAUGUGGACCUUAGCACAACACAAACAACUCCACAGGAGGGAACAGAACAGUUUAUCAGCAGUGGCUCAGACUGAGCGUUUUGUCUGUUGCAUGCUAGUCAGCAAUCAGAAAACAGAAUGGACUUCUUUUGCUUUUACCUAGUUUGAAUGACUGAUUCAUUCACUGCUCACAAGCUUUUUGUGAAUGUCAAUGCUUGUGUAAAUGUCAUAAAAAGAAUUGGUCUUCAAACAGAUAAUAUGUAUGAAGUGAAACAGGGCUGUACAUAUGGUAAUGAGGCCAUUUCUUUUCAGUAUUUAUAAUUCUUUUUUUGUUUUGUUUUUCACUGGUUAGAACAUUUGUUAUGUAUUUCUCUUAACAAUACCUAAACUAAUUUGAAGCAUAAAUCAAAUAAAAAGAAAAUAUUUAUAGGAUCACAA